GUUGACGGGCGAGGCGACGUUGACGGGCGAGCGAGGCGACGUUGACGGGCGGGCGAGGCGAGGGAAGCAGAAAGUUCCCAAUGAAUGCAGAAGAAAGAUUGCAAUGGAAUCUGAAAGAGAUAUAAACGAUAACAUUCAGCUGCAAGGAGAACAUUUUGGUUUUACGAAGAAAAGACCGGAUAAAUGCAGCAGAAACUUGAUAAUGAAAUCUGGAAGAGAUGUUAACGAUAACAUUCAGCUGCAAGGAGAACAUUUGGAUUUUAUGAAGGUGUUGCCUGAGGAGUUGAUCCUGAAGAUAUUGGUGUGCUUGGAUCCACAGAGCAUUUGCCAGUCGAUGCAAGUGUGCCUUUCCUGGAAGGACUUCAUCAGUGAGGCUGAACCUCUGUGGAAAAGCAUUCUGUGUACACAUUACAUGAGGCAGAAGAGGGCAGUAACAGGAGCUCCAGGGACCUACAAGGAUCUUGUGAGAAAGUACGGACGUUGGUUCAAUGGACACAACAGCCACUUGUGCUCAGCUGAAGAGGCCCAAAAUAUAAUGUGUCCCAUGGGUGUAAAUGAGUGGGGAAUGAUUUUUGAGAGAGAACUUGGGAGAAUUACUGCAAACAUACCUUUCUAAUUGCUACUUUUAUGAGGCAACAGCUUUGAAAUAUGCAAUUGUCAUACAAUACACUUCGGAUUCAUGUAGCCUCUACAAGCUACCACAGCUCAAUAUGCAUUAUAAAAUGCAAUGUGCACAUCGACUGAAUUAUAUAUUUGUUUUAUGAUCCUUUAGGAUGAAGGGAGUGAGGUGUAUAAUGCUACAGAGCAGAUGGAAAGGAGAGAAGACUAUGGUAGAGAUUUGAUUGAACAUAUUCCAGAGACAUUCAGGUCUAUACUUUCAUGUACAAAGUAAUUUAUGGUGUGAAUGGUCACAAGACGAUGCAGUGUAAUGCACAACGGGAUGAUAGAGUGCGUGAUUUACCUUGCACAGGUAUUUUAAAGUCUCUUCAAAUGGCAACAUAAAAAGUCAAAUUGGUUUUCUGAUCAGUCACUGGCCAUUAGUCAUCUGCUCUUUACAGCCCUGAGCUUAUGGUGUAAAUUCCCCAUUCCCAUGGUAGUGUUCAGCCUAUCCAUAGGACAACCACUCUUGAUUCUCACAGUGACACUAAGCACAGCAUAACCCAGCAGAAUUAAAAGUGUAUUUUUUUUUAUAAAGAGCACUACACAAGUAGACUGAGUUGCGCGCGGUGGUCUCGGCGCUUUGCAGGCAAGGAUUGGUAGGGCAGAUGGGUUGUGAAAUGGCCAAACCUGCUGGGCUGACCUCUCGAGCAUUCACCUCUCGUGUAGUGCCUGGC